AUGGCUAUUCAGUUAUAUCCCUUCCAAAGUGCAUCUUCACAGAUGCCUGCACUUACCCUAUCCCCUGGCCAACUUUUCAUUCAAUCCCAACUUUGCACCAAACCACAGUAUCCACCCAAGGAUCUCGAACUCACCGGCCGAACAGCCAUUAUCACUGGAGCAAAUAACGGCAUUGGUUUCGCAUGUACCAAACUCCUCCUUCAACAUAAGUUGAGCCAUCUUAUCAUCGCGGUUCGUUCUGAAGAGAAGGGCAGCGCUGCUGCUGAGCAACUCCGUCGCACGUUACCUUCCAGCAGUCCUCAGAUUGAUGUCUGGAAGCUUGAUAUGGCAAGUUAUAGCUCUAUUGAAGACUUUGCAAAGCGUUGCGAGACUCUACCAAGGAUAGACUUUGUCUUUCUCAACGCUGGUAUGGGCGGUACAACCUUUAACCUGAAUAAGGCCACGGGCCAUGAAGAGACUAUGCAGGUUAACUUCUUGUCUACCAUGUACCUUUCUGUUCUUCUCUUGCCGGUACUCACGAGCAAGGCUCCAGCCCCGAAGCCAAGCCGUCUCACAAUUGUCAGCUCUGGAACGGCCAUGCACUGCGAAUUGCCCGAAGCCAAGGCAGACCAUAUCAUAUCUGCUCUUGAUUUAGAAGCCAACUUUGAUGGCAUGGGGCACUAUGCCAAGUCCAAGCUCCUCGGUCAACUCUUCAUCGACAGACUAUCUCAACUCGUUGACCCAAGCGAUGUUGUCAUCAACCUUGUUGACCCAGGCUUGACCAAGGGCACAGGACUGAUGGAUAAAAGCUCUGGUCUCAUGAAGAUCGUUAUGGCCAUGGGAACUAGGGUAGUCGGCCGUACACAGGAGCAGGCUGCCUCAGCCUACGUUGAUGCAGCGAUUGUCAAGGGAGAGGAAUCACAUGGGUCGUAUAUCAUGGACUGGAAGAUCUGCCCAUUCGGCUCAUACUACUACUCUGAAGAGGGCAAGAGUGUUCAGGAUAGAAUAUGGAUGGAGGUGAUGGAUGAAUUCGCGUUUGGUCGUAUAGAAGAGAUUAUAGGUUCUUUAACGAGAUAG